AUGCAUCUGUAUCUUUCAAAUGCAGAUAUAGACGAAUGUUCGGCUGCCGAUCACGGAGGUUGUGCCCAGACUUGUACCAACGCUAUCGGCAGCUUCUAUUGUUCCUGCGAGCUUGGCUAUAGUUUGAAUACGGACGGAUUUUUUUGUGACGAUAUUGACGAAUGCUCUACUGAAAAUGGAGGAUGUGACCAAACUUGUACCAACACUAUCGGCAGCUUCUAUUGUUCCUGCGAGCUUGGCUAUAGUUUGAAUACGGACGGAUUUUUUUGUGACGAUAUUGACGAAUGCUCUACUGAAAAUGGUGGAUGUCAACAAACCUGCACCAAUCUUAUGGGAGGUUUCCAGUGCUCCUGCCAGGAUGGAUAUGGCCUGAAUAGCGACGGCAUUACUUGUGAGGACACCGAUGAAUGUGCUUCUGUGAACAGCGGCUGUGACCAGAUCUGUACCAACACUAUCGGCAGCUUCUACUGUUCCUGUGAGCCUGGCUAUAGUUUCAGUGGCAAUGGUUUUUUGUGUGACGACGAUGACGAAUGCUCCAGUGGAAACGGUGGUUGUGAACAAACUUGCACCAAUCUUAUCGGGAGUUUCGAGUGCUCCUGCCAGGAUGGAUAUGCUCUGAGUAGUGACGGCCUUACGUGUGACGACGUGAAUGAGUGUGCUUCUGCGAACGGUGGCUGUGAGCAGACUUGUACGAACAACAUCGGGAGUUUCCAGUGUUCCUGUGGGGAUGGCUACAGUCUGAAUGGCAAUGGCUUCACUUGUGAUGGUAAGCAUAUAUUUGUUUUGGGGUUGUUUUAUGCUUAUGGGUUCGACGAAGCUGAGGUCACAACAAAGGCUGCUACGUCGACAGAUCCUAAGCUAACAACUGACGCACCGACAAUGGAACGUCUAAAGGAUCUGAUAGACCAACCCACCGACGAAGAGAUAUCCAUAGAGAACGUGAUUGGAGUUGUUGCAGAGAUUAACAAUUUAAUCCAGCUCGAUACGACUAAAGUAUCCACGGACGGAGUUCCACCCGAACUGCUGUGA